CUUCUUCAAAUAGUCCCAAAUACCCUCUUCUAAUCCUUAAAAAUCCCUCCCGUUUGUUUCACAUGAUACUUUUUGGGAUUUUUUUAGUCCCUACAACCAAAAAAUCCCUCGAAACAAACACCCGUAAAAGUGAUUGCUACUAAGUGUCUUCCAUCUUCACCGUCCAUUCGUCGAUCCGACUGCCACCGGUGUACGAGCAUCUACUUAAGUGUAGUACUAGGCUGUGGCACCGCAGCCCAGAUGAUUGGGCAGUACUGUGGCAGCAGCAACAGCGGUAGUAAUAGCAUGCGCAGCUGCUGGGAGUUAGAGCAGUGAUGGCGCCAGCUCAGUGGCAGAUGCAGAUUGACCCGCGUUAUUGUAAGGUGGCCAACGUGCAGCUUGGCAAGAGGUAGAGAGAGGAACGAACAUGAGCUAGUUGACCGCAAGGAUUUAUACUACGCGUCCAUGAUCGAUCGAUCAGAUUCCUUCCCCCACCUCGUGCAGAUGCAUUCGUUCAUCAUCUCGAUGAGCGCCAUCUAAUUGACUCUGACUGCCAAUCACACACACUCCCGCGCGCCACCACCCUCGUUGCCAUCUACUCCUCCGUCGACCGGGUCUUCGUGUCAAGCACAGCCGCCUGCGCGCGCUGCUUCUUGGAGCGCCCGGCAUGGGUAGCUGCGUGAGCAAGAAGGCCGCCCGCGGCCGUGCCGAGGCCAAGGUGGCAGCGCCGCUCCUGCCGGAGAAGGAUAAUGCCUUGGCCCCGCCACCCGUGGUGGUAGAGGAGGAGGUCAAGGAGGUGUUGUCGGAGACGGCUGUGCGGCGGACAAGCCCGCCGGAGCCGGAGGUGUUGUCGGAGACGGCUGUGCGGCGGACAAGCCCGCCGGAGCCAGAGCCGGAGCCUGAGCCUGAGCCCGAGCACGAGAAGGUGAAGAUGGUGCCGGAGCAAGAGGAAGGCGAUGCUUCCGAUAGCGUGUCGGCGGGUUCCUCCGUGGUAGACAAGGCGAUGGUGAAGGCUGGAAGGGAGCAGGAGGUGGAGAAGAGGACGGUGGACGUGCCGGAGAAUGGGAGGGCCAGGAGCAUGGAACCGGAGCAGAAGAAGAAAUGCAAGAACCCCGGCAACGGGAGGGCGCGGUCGCCGUCCCCUGCGGCGAAGCAGAGGAGGCCGGGGACCAUUGUCAGCGAGCAGCCGGUGCCGCCGCGGCCGCGGCGAGAGUCGCCCGCGGUGGUGUCCGGCAUCGGGUGCCGCAGUGGCAGAUUCUCCCCUUCCGCAGCGAGGAGGGCCGCCGAGAGCGCCGUCAGACGGAGCUACUCCGCACGGGAAGCCGACAUGGCGCUGCCGUCGUCUGCCAAGCGCUCCCUCAACACAAACAUCAACGGUAACGGAGGGAGCGGCGAGCAUUCCGGCAGGAGGUCAGAUUCCCCGGCUAGGCGCCCGCCGACCAGUCCGGCAGCGAACGGCACCAUCACCCGGCAAUCCAGCGCCACCCGGAAGGGUCCGAAGGAGAACAUCAGUUCGGAGAAAACCAAGCAGCAAUGCGGCCGCAGACGGGCCACGACGGAGGUCGGAGAUGAAAUCGACGAGGCGCCAUUGGCAGGAAAAGAGCACAGGGAGGCGGCAGACGCCGCGGUGGGCCAGAACCCCUCGGUGGCUAUGGAGUGCUUCAUCUUCCUUUAGUACUCUUUCCAUGGAUUACUUGUUCAUUUCUUUUCUCUCGCUACUAUGCCACUCUCACUAGUUGCCGUGUGAUUUCUUGGUCAUCAUUAAUUCGAAAUUGCUAUUUCAAAUCUACAUGUAAUAUACGUAUGUUACAUUUUUUUAACAAAAUAUAGAGAAUUAGGUUUGGGUUA